GCAGUGGCGAUGAGAGAGAGAGAGAGAAAAGGGCGAGAGAGCUGAUGUUAGACUGAGCUACUGUUCAAGCGUCGCACCACACGAGCUUAUAUGUCUGUCUUCUUUAACGGCUACGCGACGAAACAGAAGUAGAUUUUGGAGAGAAAGAUCGAAGAAAGAGGCGUUUGGGCGGCUGUGGAAAUCUCGUUGCUUGUAGAGGCAUCACUUUACUGUCCAUUGGUCUGUACUGAAGAGACCCUCAACAUGGGCACCAGUGAGAGUAAGAUGGCUGUGGUGUCCACACCAAAACCUGGACCAGGCCAUGCAGUUCAGAACCGGCGCCUGGCACAGCUCACUGACCCACGGUCACCUUCUAAUGGCAUCGACCGCACUCCAAUACAGGUGGGUGGAGCAGCCUCUUGUGUCCAUGAGGUUCAGGAGUCAGUUGGACCUUUGUGUGUUGACCCACGAUCCCCCACGCCUGGCGUCGUUCGCACCCCAAUGAAGGACAGUAUGAAAGUGACGGUCAGCUCACUGGCACGCAAGCUCAGCAACUUUUUCCUGAGUGACAUUGCAGCAACAGACUCCUCCACAUCCCUCCCUCACGUCUCCUUCACUAAACACCCCAGCCUGCCCAGUGUGGAGCAGCAGGAUGAGCUGAGCUCCAAAGAACCCCUCCUCCCCUCCAAUGACCCUCAGGCCCCGCCCAAUGGGAACAAAGUUGCUCCAUCCAGCCCAGUGGCCUGCAGCCCCUCAGUGGACUAUGGCUCCUUCUCCAGCAGUCCGUUUGUGCUGGUGGGUGAGGUGGAGGUGGAUGCGGAUAAGGAGGUCACUCUGGAAGAGGCUGAGGAGGCUAUGCUUCUGGGAGAAUCUCCACUCCAGAGGGAGCUCAGCCUGAGCCUGCUGGCCUGCAGGGAUGGCGUUUACCCCCCUGAAUUCUACACCUCAGCUGAGGAACGUCCUUCCACUGUUCUUCCACCUUCAGAGGACAAGCAGCACAGGGAUCAUUCCUACGCUCUUGCUUUGGUGUCCGGUGAGCCCGUCCAGCCUUCUUCUCCUGCCCUGGGAGCCGUCGUGCCAACAGCCAAUGUUGCUCAGCUUCCUGAGCAGGAGGAAGUGAGAGAAGAAGCUCCUGCAGUGCCUGAGCAAGAGCCAGUGCAGCCAGAGAAGCCUGAACUGGCCACUCCUGAGCCAGUCAGUACCUCCAGCAAGCCCAGCCUGACCCUGAAUGCCCACAGUGCAGUCCCUCCAUCUGGUAUAAUGAUCCCCAGGUUUGACACCCGUAGCCCAAGCCAGGCAGUGUUCAAACCCCAGUGGCUGGGUGUAGGGUUUGGGGUGACGGGCGUCAGGGCCAGAGGGGUCCAGGGCCGUGGCAAAGGGGCCUCCUCCCCACUGUCCUCCCGCAAACCAGCCAUCGACGAGAAUGAGAACAAGGUUGUUCUCAACAAACAGAAGCAGAGAGGCAAGGCUCUCAUUGCUGAAGGCAGGUCUCCUCUGCAGAUUCUGAAGGAAGCCAAUUCACCCAGAGGCCACACAGCACAGAUGAAGUUGAAGGUUUCAACUCCAGAGAAGAGGUUUGGCCAGAUGGACAGAAGAGCACUUGUUCUCUCUCUCAACAAAGAGAACCAGUGAAGGACUGAGAACUGGAAGAUGGCCUGAAUCACACUCUCCAC